AUGAGCUACCUUGAAAACCAGAAGUUCAUCCAUAGGGACCUGGCAACACGGAAUGUCUUGCUGGUGAACGAAGAAAUGGUAAAGAUCGGUGAUUUUGGCUUGACAAGAGCACUGAGGGCGAACGAUGAACAUUACAUCAUGUCUGCUCACCGCAGGAUACCCUUUGCAUGGUAA